GCCACAGAUGGCUCUCUGCAGAGCGAAGACUGGACGCUCAACAUGGAGAUCUGCGACAUUAUCAACGAGACAGAAGAAGGCCCAAAGGAUGCCAUUCGAGCGCUGAAGAAGAGGCUGAAUGGAAACAAAAAUUACAGAGAGGUCAUGCUGGCGCUGACGGUGUUGGAGACCUGUGUGAAGAACUGUGGCCAUCGCUUUCACGUCUUAGUGGCAAACCGCGACUUCAUCGAUGGCGUUCUGGUGAAAAUCAUCUCGCCCAAGAAUAAUCCCCCCACUAUUGUACAGGAUAAAGUACUAGCGCUGAUUCAGGCUUGGGCCGACGCCUUUCGAAGUAGCCCUGAUUUAACUGGAGUAGUGCAUAUUUAUGAAGAACUCAAGAGGAAAGGCAUAGAGUUUCCCAUGGCAGAUCUCGAUGCUCUGUCUCCAAUACACACACCACAGAGGAGCGUUCCCGAAGUUGAUCCUGCAGCAAAUAUGCACAAUUCACAGUCUCAGCAGAGGAUGAGCACCAGUUCUUACUCUUCCUCUUCUCCAACGGCGUAUUCUGCUCCUCAGGCCCCAGCUCUGAAUGUGACUGGUCCCAUCACUGCUAAUUCCGAACAGAUUGCCCGGCUGCGCAGUGAACUGGAUAUUGUUCGUGGGAACACAAAAGUGAUGUCUGAAAUGCUGACAGAAAUGGUACCUGGACAAGAGGAUUCCUCAGACCUUGAGUUACUCCAGGAACUGAACCGAACCUGUAGAGCUAUGCAGCAGAGAAUUGUGGAGCUUAUCUCACGAGUGUCCAAUGAAGAAGUCACAGAGGAACUGCUGCAUGUGAAUGAUGAUUUAAAUAACGUCUUCCUCCGAUACGAAAGAUUUGAACGAUACAGAUCAGGACGUUCAACACAAAACGCCAGCAAUGGAGUACUGAAUGAGGUGACAGAAGAUAACUUAAUAGAUCUGGGUCCUGGCUCUCCAGCUGUAGUGAGCCCGAUGGUUGGCAACUCAGCGCCCCCAUCUUCACUUUCUUCACAGCUUGCAGGGCUUGACCUGGGUACAAACAGCGUCAGUGGCACACUCAGCUCUCUACAACACUGUAAUCCUCGUGAUGACUUCGACAUGUUUGCACAGACAAGAGGCAGUUCCUUGGCUGAGCAGCGAAAGAAUGUGACAUAUGAGGAUCCCCAGGCUGUCAAAGGACUAGCGUCUGCCCUGGACGUGCGAAAACAGAAUACAGGAGGGAUCCCUGUUGCACAGUCCUCUGUCAUGGAUGACAUUGAGGAGUGGCUCAGUACCGACUUGAAAGGAGACGAGCUGGAAGAAGGAGUGACCAGUGAAGAGUUUGACAAAUUUUUAGAAGAGCGAGCCAAAGCGGCGGAGAUGGCUCCCAAACUGCCAUCCCCUCCCUUGGAAGCCCCGACCCCUCCGACAAAUCCUUCCGGCAGGAAAAAGCAGGAGCGCUCGGAGGAUGCCCUCUUUGCACUGUGAAGAUCGCUCGUAGCCGCCCUCCCGCCCCUGUGCUCCGCAGGCGAAUGUCUCUGUACGGCCACUUUGUUCUCUCACAGUAUUCGGCUAACGAUGACCCCCUUCCCCCCUCCCCGAUUUCAUAGAUUGCUUCUCCUUCCCUCCCAGCCCUUCCCCAAACAAUCCACCCCCACGAGCCGACUCUUUCUAUUUAAGUCCAACACUAUUCCUGCCAGACCACGGUUCUCCGGCACUCGCUUAAUCCCCUCCUUCCUAUCCCAGCUGCACAAAACCAGCUCUUGAUGCUGAAAAACCCCUUUAGAAUGCAUGAGUACGUCACACUGCGUGGAAACAAAAGCCCAGAGGGGAGAGAGCAGCCUUGCCCUUCAAUUUAUGUAGGGAUCAUCCUCUUCCGUAGGCAGGUCCUGCCAAAUAGACUGCUCUGUCGAUCAGCGUGUAAUUGACUGAGCUGGAAUGUUCAGGAGGAGUGUGUCUUUAUUUUUAGAUAAAAUGUUA